CGCGUCACCGCGCAACGAUUCAGUAAGAAGAAUUACGCAAAUAAACGCGUCCUGCAUCUUAAUAAUGAAUCUAAGGUCGUGCGUGGUUAUAGAAAAAGGGCAGGGCGAUGGCACGAUCAAGUCAGAACGCUCUCAGACAUGGCGAAGAGCAUCGAUAGCGUUCUUUUACUAACGUUCGCGCUGUUGUUCGUACGGGCAGACGAACACGAGCGAUGGAAUACGCCGCCAGAACUAACGCCCGAGUCAGUCAAGAUCUUAAACAAUGAGGAACCUCAGACACGUCUCUUUUCUUUCGUCCCCACGGCGACUGUCAGUUUAAACGCAGGGAAUAAUAAUGCGCACUCCGUCAGUCUCGGUGCGAGUCUCGAUGGCAUUAGCCUUUCGGAAAGUAACACUUACAAUCAUCCUACGGGGUAUGGGCUUGAUGGAUCUUCCGUUUCCGUAAGCAAAUCAGCGACUGUUUCCGCGGGAUUAUCAGGAAUUUCUACCGCAAGUGCGGAAGCUCAUAGUAACGGUAACAAUGCCAAGACCGAAAGUCAUUCGUUUAGCUUUGGUCAAGCAACUGCAACUUCUUUCGGAACGAUUGAAAAUGGACAAACGAUUACCGGGGCUAUAUCUUCCGCUGGUAGCUCGCAAUCCUCUACAACUGGUGGUAACCGUAGACAAUUCUCGCAAACUGGUGCCGUCAACGCGCGAUAUCCCUAUUGGCCAACAUGGAGCAACAUUGGUCCAAACAAUGGGCACAACGAUCAACGUUUUAAUCGGCCAACAUUGACUGUUUCGAAACCGUGCGAUGAAACACGACCGACGUUGAACAUCGAUGCGCCCGACGCAUUCAGGCGAGAACAAAACCCAACGAUUCAUAUCUACAAAUGGCGACCGAAUCACAGGGUUUCCCGACCAAGUUUCUCGAUUGAACAUCAGCUGGACGAUUCUAGAAAUGGUCGAAUUCAUGGAUCGACGAAUCUUCAAAUCGAAAGCAAAGAUUCUAAACAGGGAUAUUCCGACGUGUGCUGAGCUCUGUGGGUCCCUGGAUUUGCUAAGCCCAAAUGAUUGCAAAUGAUUGUGUAAAUCAGUCAUCCCUGUGGGAUUGUAGGUCAAGAUAUGAUCUUGAACUUAGCGCGACAUCUUUGAAAUAACUGAUGGCUUGAAUAACUUAUGGAACAACCAAAGUCUGUCUUAUCGACAACUUUAAUCAAUUUUAGCAAUAGUAUCAGCAGACGGUACGUGAGUUAGAGUGGACAAAUAAAUGAAAGGCAUGAAUUAGAUAUUAAUGAAUUGAUUAUUAAAAUUUGGCUUUAUUAAUCUUUUAGAAG